AUGGACGACUGGCAGGACGCAGCCUUCUCCUCGCGCCACAUGCACAACCGCACCGGGCGCAGCGCAAAGUCAAAGCACUCCAGCUCCGCCUUUGACGUGCGCAAGACAUUCGCCAGCUACAGCGUCAAAUGUCCCGCAUGGCACAAAGCCCUCGGCACCAACAGCGACGCCCCGCCACACCACCUCGAAGCCUCGCUCGAGCUGUACCGCCUCACCGACUCGGGCGAGGGCAUCGUCGGCGAACUGCUUCUCCCCGGCGUGCUGUGCCCGGCCGUCAUCCUAGCCGGAAGCCGGGAUGCGUUGCGCCGGACCAUCGCAGACAUGGAGCCGUCUGCCGAAACCACCAACAACACCAAUAACACUGACCAAGACGAUGCUUCCAGCAGCGAAGCCGAGCCCGAGUCGCCCGCGCAAACGCGCUUCGAAACCUUUGAAAAGAACAGUUUCCGCUCCCCCAAAUUCUGGCUCCAGUGGUCCGGCUCCCCCGUGUCGAGUCAUGCGCCCCCGUCCCACCAUCAUGCUGUGGCCAAGGAAAAGCUCCCCGCUGUGCAGUCUGAUCUCGGCUAUCUCGUCUUCUCGGGCAACGACUGUCGCAAGUUCAAGGGCACCCUGAAUUGUGCGGCGUUGAAGUGGAAAAAUGUGCCUAUUACUGGACACAAGGUUGUGGGCAGGUCUGAGGUGGAUACGCAGGUUAGAUGGGGGGAGGAGGGGGUUUUGCUGUGA